AUGGCAACGCAAGAGGGAACACUCCGCGACUCGCUUAACAGGUGGAACGAAACCCGCUCACAGCAUUCACAAGGUUUCAAUGAGAGCGCCAAAACUUUAUUUUCAUCAUGGGCCGAGUCGCUCAACACCAGGGCCCAAGAUGUUUACCAGCGGUUGCCCAUGCAACAGCAGGACCUCGUUCAAGAUCAGGAGCCUGCCUGGUUUUCGUUGUCGCGGACCGAGCGCCUUCUGCUUUUUGUGUGUUGCAUGCUAGGAUCAGCAGGAUGCUUUACACUCUGUGUGUUUCUCUUACCAGUGUUGGCCCUGAAACCACGGAAGUUUGGGCUUUUAUGGUCGUUGGGAUCGCUGCUGUUUGUGGGAGCUUUCGGUGUUCUACAGGGCCCUAGGGCUUACUUCAAGCAUAUCACCUCAAGAGAAAGACUUCCUUUCAGCGUAUUCUUCUUCACCAGUUGCUUUCUGACCAUUUAUUUUGCUGCUUUCCAAAAAUCCACUCUACUGACCAUUCCAUGUGCGGUUUUGGAACUGAUUGCAAUUAUUUACUACGCAGUCAGCUAUUUCCCCUUCGGCGCGGCAGGUUUGAGGAUGAUAAGCUCGGUCGGUGUGAACCAAGCAAGGGGCGUGCUCAGAAUAUAG